GGGAGGGCAGAAAUGGCGGCCAACAUGUACCGGGUCGGAGAUUACGUGUUCUUUGAGAACUCGUCCAGUAACCCUUACCUGAUCCGUCGGAUAGAGGAACUCAACAAGACGGCCAGCGGGAACGUGGAGGCCAAGGUGGUGUGCUUCUACCGGAGGAGAGACAUCUCACACAGCCUCAUCCAGCUGGCAGACAAACAUGCAAAGGACCUGGAGGAAGAGAAGGAGACCCCCAUAGAGACGGAUCUAUCGGAGAAGCAGAAGCACCAGCUCCGACACAGAGAGCUCUUCCUCUCCCGGCAGUACGAGAGCCUACCCGCCACGCACAUCAGGGGUAAGUGCAGUGUUGCACUAUUGAACGAGACGGAAGCCGUUCUCUCUUACUUAGACAAAGAGGACACGUUCUUCUACUCGCUGGUGUACGACCCCACACAGAAAACCCUCCUGGCCGACAAGGGGGAGAUCAGAGUAGGCCCACGGUUUCAGGCAGACGUGCCUGACAUGUUACCAGAGGGCGAGGCAGACGACAGAGAGCAGUCAAAGCUGGAGGAGAAGCUGUGGGAUCCAGAAUGUCCGCUCUCCAGCAAACAAAUCGACCAGUUCCUGGUCGUGGCACGGGCAGUCGGGACCUUCGCACGAGCGCUGGACUGCAGCAGUUCGGUCCGACAGCCCAGCUUACACAUGAGUGCCGCCGCAGCCUCCAGGGAUAUCACACUGUUCCAUGCGAUGGACACGCUCCAUCGCCACGGCUACGACCUGUCCAGCGCCCUGAGCGUGCUGGUGCCAGCCGGCGGGCCCGUGCUCUGUCGGGACGAGAUGGAGGAGUGGAGUGCCUCGGAGGCCAGCAUGUUCGAGGAGGCGCUGGAGAAAUACGGCAAAGACUUCAACGACAUCCGACAAGACUUUCUGCCAUGGAAGUCCCUGACCAGCAUUAUAGAGUACUACUACAUGUGGAAGACCACAGACAGAUACGUUCAACAGAAAAGACUCAAGGCAGCGGAAGCCGAGAGCAAACUAAAGCAGGUUUAUAUUCCUACGUAUAACAAGCCCAACCCCAACCAGAUCUCAAUGACCAAUGGGAAGAUGGCUACAGUCAACGGGGCGGGGCCAGUGGCCUAUCACACAGCAGGAGGGGGCCGGGCCUGCGAGAGUUGCUACAGUAUGCAGUCGGCCCAGUGGUACUCGUGGGGCCCCCCCAACAUGCAGUGCCGCCUCUGCGUGUCGUGCUGGCUGUACUGGAAGCGGUACGGCGGCCUGAAGAUGCCCAGCAGAGCGGAGGCACCGGAGGAGCGCACCUCGCCGGCCCCGGUGAGCAACGUCAGCGCCCACCAUGAGCCUCGUUCGCGGGGCCAUGCCCCCCGCCAGUCGAGCCACAUGGUACCGGUGCGCAAUAGCGGCAGCCCCAAGUCCAACAUGAAGACCAAGCAGGCCUUUCUCCUCCAGGCCACUCGCCUCACCAAGCUGGCCCGGCACAUGUGCCGUGAUGUCAUCAGGCUGCGCCGGGCGGCGCGGCGGCCCUUUGUGCCCAUUAACUGUGGGGCCGUAAAGGCAGAGUAUUUGCUCAGGGCGUCGGAGGGCCAGGGAACACGGCUGCCCAAACACCGAGCGUCGCCCAGGAGCACGCUUACCAGCGUGGUGCAGUUCCUAGAAUCCCGUCCCGUUGCCAUCCACGCCCCUCGCUCUCACCGCACCCCCGGCCUCCAGACGCCUCCGCCCCGCCGCCUCCUUUCCUCCCUCCACCACGGGCCCCACGGCAUGCUGGGAAAACGCAGCUACCACCACCACACUAGGGCGGAGCCAGAGAGACACUCGGAGAAUCCAGGUUCCACGAGUGCACCUGUGCUGCAACACAACGGCCGCAGUGGCGGCGGCGGCGGCGGCGGCGGCAACAGCAGAGGCGGGGUCACCGUGCGCAAGAGACGCCCCAACUGGAUCGACGCCCCCGACGACAGCUUCUUCCUCGUCACCCGGGAGACCAGGAGGGCCAGGCGAAUGCUGUCCAGGUCCCAGCUGAGACGCGCAUGCCGGCAGCCCUGUGAGCAGAUCCACAUGCGCAGGGUCUCCGAGGCGCCCCCGCAGGGACUGGUGCUCGCGUCCCAACAACACCCUCACCCCAGCCUGCGGAUGCGAGGACCCAUCGUCAUCCAUGACUGACGAGGCUAUAGCGGAACGCGCCCUACUCCUGUACACGUGCCCUCAAACACACAGACACACAACACACACACACAAACACACACACACACAAACACACACACACAUCAAACGACACACACACACACACACAUCAAAAGACACACACAAACACGCACACAAACACACGUAAAAUAUACAUAUCUUUCAAAACAUAUGAUUAUCUUGCACCUGGUUCUGAUAAUUCAGUUCUGGUGAGGCAUGAGGAGGAUGAGGUUAUCCAACUGCACUAGAUGCACUAAAAGCUGACACCUGACUGCAAGCCGUGCCUGUCUGUAUAGCACUUAUUGUAAUCCCUGGCAAUUUUUUCAGACUGCGCGCAUGGUGUGUGUGUGUGUGUGUGUGUGUGUGUGUGUGUGUGAGGUUGCGUACCCGAGAAUGUACAUAAACAAGUGUUGAAGCGGGAGGGAUCAAGACAGUGAUGGAUGUAUAGAUGUGCAGGCCUGUGUGUGUGUGUGUGUGUGUGUGCGUGAGAAGGAGUGUGUGGAUGUGACCGAGGAAGGGGAGAUGUAAAUGUGUGUGUCAGACUUUUUCACGACGGCCACCUUGUGUGAACUUUGUGUUGACGAUACAUUUUUGUGGAGUUUUCUUCUGUCUGUUAAAAAAAAGUGGGGGUAUGGGGGAGGGGGGCAGUCGGGUUGGGGUAUUUGGGUAAAGUUCUGGGUUAUUCUGUUGAUAAUUGUUGGCUCCUGAGAUUUCAAGGGGUAAGACAAUGUAAAAGAGUGACCAGGCAAGUCUUUUCAGAAAAGCACCUGCCCCAACAAAUCCAUGAGAUGGAUGACAUAAUAAGCUUGAACGUGGCUUUGAACGCCUGAAUAUAUAUUCUAGUCCGGCAAGAGCUGUCAUUAAGGUUGUGUCAGUAUAUUUGCCACUUUUUGUGAAAUACUGCCCCUUAUCGUCGGCUAAGAGGAACCACACGCAUGUCUUUCGUCCCUAAACAAUGGUUAAAACCAUUUUAAAAGUCCAGAUAUCUCAGUAACUUACUCAAGCUAUCAUAGUGUCUUGUAUCUUUUAACAGCUAUCUAAGUCCCCAUCGAUUCAUUAACAUAUAUUUUGUAAUGUGAAUAAUAGAAGAUACUGACACAAUCUUUAACGAUCGAUCGUAUCGAUAUUGGAAAAGCUCUAAAAUAUCACCAAGGCACCCUCAUACCCUCUGUCCGGCCAAAUACACCAGUGUAUAAAAUCAUGCAAAUAUUUCAUUAUACUGUACAUUGACAUAGGCCUUCUCAGUUCAUUUGCAUUAACCUACCUACCUAGCCGCUGACGCUAUCGCGAGCUGCAAAUGGCAUGGAACCGUCAAAUUAAAGACUGCGAAAAAAAUAAGAAAAGCUAAAAUAAUAACGUGACCAAUAGGCCUAACUCUUAUUUUUCCAUGUUUCAUUGCACUUCUGUUCUUAAAAAAGGAAAUCACCACAGCCAUUUCGUCCGGCAAAAAAAAAAAAAAAAAGUUCAGCAAAAAACGACCCACAGUUGUUGUAAAAAGCGAGCCUUCUUUUCUUA